GCCUGAUCUUGGCCUCUCUUUCUUUUCUCUGCCUCUUUCCUUUUGAAGGGAAAGUGGGUUAAAGAAAUAUCAGUUUGGUUUGUGGUGAAGAAAUAGAGAGAAAGAGAGAGAGGGAGAGGGAAGAUGGACAUGUACGGGCUUUCAACUCCGGAAGUGUUUCAUAUUGAUGAUCUUUUGGAUUUGUCCAACGAAGAGCUUUUUUCAUCUGCUUCUACUUCCACCAACAACGACACUUUCCCUCCUUCUGAAACCACUUUCAGCUACGCCUCCUCUUCCUCCGCCGCCUUUCAUCCCUCUUUCUCCGACAAGGACUUCACCCACGACCUUUGCCUUCCCAGUGAUGAUGUGGCUGAGCUGGAGUGGUUGUCGCAGUUCGUAGAUGAUUCUUUCAGCGACUUCCCGUCGAACUCGCUCGCCGGAAUCAUUAACCCUAGAAAUGACCACUCGUCGUUUUCAAGCAAAGCUUGGAACAAGCGUUCCAGAGCGCCACCAACAACCUCUAAGACGAAAAGGGAAGUCCAGCGCCAAGCAUCGCCAGCUGCGGCGGAAACAGGGGUUCGGCGAUGUACACAUUGUGCGUCGGAGAAGACACCGCAGUGGAGGACGGGACCAUUAGGGCCAAAGACGUUGUGCAACGCUUGUGGGGUUCGGUAUAAGUCGGGUCGUCUCGUGCCCGAGUAUCGACCUGCGGCAAGCCCGACAUUCGUGCUGACAAAGCACUCGAACUCGCACCGGAAGGUGUUGGAGCUGCGCAGGCAGAAGGAGCUGUCGGGACAGCAGCAGGAGCAUGAACACCGUCACCACCGCCACCAGCAACAUCAACGCCGCCAACAGCAUGACUUUGAGGUGUGCUGACGUGCUAAAAUCUUAGUGUUGUUACUGUAAUUCCGUUCAAUGAGAGUGCACUAUUUUGGACCCUUUUGGCAAUGUUCAUCAUCAUCAUCAAACGUGUCAUUUCUUCGUUUCUCUUU